GAAUCUCGUGGCGACUAAGCCACCUCACAUCUUCCUUUGAUUCUUCUCUCCAAAAACCUAGAGAGAGAAAACAGGGCCUCUUACCCCCUCCCUCUCUACCUUCAAAAUCCAAUUCCUUUUCCUCCCUCGAACUGUGUUUUACAUCCAUGGCUGCCUCCACCACCAACCUCUCUCCUUUAGCAUCACAUCUAUCAAAACCCAUCAAACAAACCCCCUUUUAUCUCGUCCCCCAAACCCUACUAAACCCCCUUUAUUUCCCUCUCAAACCUCUUUUCCGUACCCACAAACCUCACUGCACCGUCUCCUCCAAAAACCCCAUCGCCGACUUCUUUCCGGCAAACAAACCCAACCCAGAACCCAGUUUUAUCCCUUCUUUCACCGACGAUGACAAGCCCCGUGAAGAAUGCGGCGUUGUGGGUAUAUUCGGUGACCCAGAAGCCUCACGUCUCUGCUAUUUAGCCCUCCAUGCCCUUCAACAUCGUGGACAAGAAGGUGCUGGUAUUGUAGCAGUGAAUAACAAUGUUCUUCAAUCGGUCACCGGUGUCGGUUUAGUUUCCGAUGUGUUUAAUGAAACCAAACUUAGUCAAUUACCUGGUGAAAUGGCAAUCGGACAUGUAAGAUAUUCAACCGCCGGUUCAUCAAUGUUAAAAAAUGUACAACCUUUUGUAGCUGGUUACAGGUUUGGUUCUGUUGGUGUUGCACAUAAUGGGAAUUUAGUGAAUUAUAGAACUUUAAGAGCUACCCUUGAAGAUAAUGGUUCAAUUUUUAAUACUAGUUCAGAUACUGAAGUUGUUCUUCAUUUAAUUGCUAUUUCAAAAGCUAGGCCAUUUUUUUUAAGAAUUGUUGAUGCUUGUGAAAAGCUUGAAGGUGCUUAUUCAAUGGUGUUUGUAACUGAAGAUAAACUUGUUGCUGUACGUGAUCCUUAUGGAUUUAGGCCUUUAGUUAUGGGAAGGAGAACCAAUGGUGCCGUCGUGUUUGCUUCCGAGACGUGUGCACUCGAUUUAAUCGAAGCGACGUAUGAACGAGAAGUGAAUCCCGGUGAAGUUCUUGUUGUUGAUAAAAAAGAUGGUGUUCAAUCACUCUGCUUGUUGCCUCACCCUGAACCAAAGCAAUGUAUUUUCGAGCAUAUUUACUUUGCUUUGCCGAAUUCGGUUGUGUUCGGACGGUCUGUUUACGAGUCUCGACAUGUUUUUGGUGAAAUACUUGCUACUGAAGCUCCGGUUGAUUGUGAUGUUGUGAUUGCAGUGCCGGAUUCUGGUGUGGUAGCUGCUCUUGGUUAUGCAGCUAAAGCAGGGGUUCCGUUUCAACAAGGGUUGAUUCGGUCUCAUUACGUUGGAAGAACGUUUAUCGAGCCUUCGCAAAAGAUUAGAGAUUUUGGGGUUAAGCUUAAGCUUUCCCCGGUUCGUGGUGUGUUGGAAGGUAAAAGGGUUGUGGUUGUUGACGACUCGAUUGUUCGUGGAACCACAUCUUCAAAAAUUGUUAGGUUGAUUAAGGAAGCAGGGGCUAAGGAAGUUCAUAUGAGGAUUGCUAGCCCACCGAUUAUCGGUUCUUGCUAUUACGGAGUGGAUACGCCAAGCGCGGAGGAAUUGAUAUCGAACCGAAUGAGUGUUGAGGAGAUCCGAGAGUUCAUUGGAUGUGAUUCCCUCGCGUUCCUCCCAUUCAAUAGCUUGCAGAAAAUGUUGGCUAGCGAUUCUCAAAAGUUCUGUUACGCUUGCUUCUCCGGCAAGUAUCCUGUUAUGCCGAAGGAGGUUAAAGUGAAAAAAGUAGGUGAUUUCUUGGAUGAUGGAUUGAAUGGACCUAUGGAUUCCAUCGAUGGAGGUUGGGUUACAGGUCCAAAAAAUAUUGAUGUUGAGAAAGAAAUCGAUCCGUUGUAUCAACAGAGUAAGAUUUAGGGUUUAGGGUUUAACUCGUUUUGAUAAUUUAUGUGUUGGUCAGUGAUUUAUUUAGGGUUCUUCUACCAUAUGAAAGCUUUAUACAAUUUUGUCCCCAUUAUUUUCUUUUUGCAAAAACCUAAUCUCCAUUUUAUAUAUAUUGGGUUUUGAUUUCUUUUUGCUUAUAAACAAUGGACAAAUAGAUGAAAUCAUAUUAUUACAGGGAUUUUGUUGUAAUUAUUGACAAUUAUUUCUUGCAAGCCUUUAUGUUUCCUUUUAUAUAUUUUCUUUUGAUUA